AUGGCGGCCGCUCAAAAGCGAGGAGUUCUGAUCGUAUUCGAAGGACUUGAUCGUUCUGGAAAAUCGACACAAGCGAAGCGUCUCGUCGAAUCGCUCAACAAAAGAGCCGAAGGAUCAGCUGUUCUUCAAGCUUUUCCAGACCGUUCAUCACCAAUCGGAAAACUCAUCGACCAAUAUCUGAAAAAGGAGAUUGAUCUGGAUGAGCACUCGCUUCAUUUGAUGUUCUCGGCGGAUCGAUUCUUGAAAAAUCAAAUGAUUCGAGAGAAUAUCGCCAACGGAAUCGACGUGAUUUGCGAUCGUUAUUGUUACAGUGGUGUCGCGUACUCGUUGGCGAAAGGUCUCCCAGAACAAUGGGUUCGCUCUUCCGACGUCGGUCUCCCGAAACCCGACGCCGUUCUCUUUUUCGACGUCUCUCCAGCCGUCGCCGCUCAACGUGGAGGAUUCGGUGCCGAACGUCUCGAGACGGCAACAAUGCAACAGAAAGUGGCAGCCGUCAUGCCAACACUUCGUGACGAUUCAUUCUGGAAAACCGUUAAUGCUGACGGAGAUUUGGAUACUGUCGAGAAGGACGUCUUCCGGCUGUAUGAGAACUUGAAUAGAGAGAAACCAUUCGAGUCGUUGGAGAAGAUUUGA